UAGGAACUGUAUUUUCUGGCUUUGUUUAUUGAUGCUUACAAAUUGUCUGUCAAACCGCAAAACAAGUUCUUGUGGACUGAUGAGUUGGAUUUUGGAUUGUACUCUGUGGUUUCCAGACCGACCGAAAUUGCGAAAUCCAAAGUUGCUAAUUAGUUUGAUACAUUCCCUCGUGUAAACAGCACUGUUGUGCUGUUAAACAAAUUGGUACGCUAAUUACGAAUAAGUGUUACGCAAACCGAAAGAAAUUAGAAAGGAAAAAGUAGCAAGAUGACAUCUAUCCCAAAAACUAUUAAUAAAGACUUACAACGGGAGAGAGAUAAUUGUACAUUUAAUGUGCAAGAACUAAUAUGCCUCUUAGAUGGAGGAGCAGAAAAAACAGAGGAAAGAAAAAAAAGAGAGGAGACAGCUCUCAGGGAGGGAAUACACUUAGAUGAUGUGCCAAAUAUAUACCUGAGUCACAAGGAGAAGUAUGAACAAGCUGUCAAGAAAGCCUGUAAGCUGUUCAAGAUGAUCAGGAAACUCCAAGAGGAAGAAAAUGCUGGAAUGGAGAACUAUAGAGCGGUACUUGGCGGUAGUCUCGGCUCAGCAAUAUUGAGUGAUGGUUCACCCUUGACGCUGCAUUAUGUAAUGUUCAUUCCCACUCUGAUGGGUCAGGCGACUGUUGAGCAGCAAGCAUACUGGAUCGGCAGGGCUUUCAACCUUAACAUCAUCGGAACUUAUGCCCAGACAGAACUUGGUCACGGCACAUUCAUCCGAGGACUGGAGACUACAGCCACUUACGAUGCCUCUACCAAAGAAUUUGUACUGCACAGUCCAACACUCACUUCCUACAAGUGGUGGCCCGGUGGUCUGGCCCACACCGCAAACUACAGUAUCGUCAUGGCCCAACUAUACACGAAAGGCAAAUGCCAUGGCAUCCACCCCUUCAUAGUCCAACUACGAGAUGAAGAGACCCAUAUGCCUCUCCCCGGAAUCAAGAUAGGAGAGAUCGGUGUCAAACUUGGCAUGAAUGGCACGAAUAAUGGAUUCCUAGGGUUCGACAAAGUCAGGAUACCAAGAGAACACUUGCUCAUGAAGAACUCCAAGGUUCUAGAGGACGGCACGUACGUGAACGCGCCGAGCACGAAGCUGACGUACGGCACGAUGAUGUUCGUGCGCGUGAUGAUCGUGCACGACAUGUGCAGCUACAUGGCCAAGGCGGUCACCAUCGCGACGCGCUACUCCGCCAUCCGCAGGCAGUCGCAGCCCAAACCCGACGAGCCCGAACCCCAGAUCCUGGACUACGUGACGCAGCAGCACAAGCUGUUCAUCGGCAUCGCGACAGUGCACGCGUACAAGACGAGCGCCGAGUGGAUAUGGCAGAUGUACAACAAUGUUACUGCUGAGCUCGAGUCUGGCGAUAUGGAGCGGCUGCCUGAGUUGCACGCGCUAUCGUGCUGCCUCAAAUCAGUAUGCACCAGCGACGCGGCAGCGUGCGUGGAGCGGUGCCGGCUCGCGUGCGGGGGGCAUGGGUACAUGCUGUCCUCCAACCUGCCACUGACGUACGGCCACGUCACCGCCGCCUGCACCUACGAGGGCGAGAACACCGUCAUGCUGCUGCAGACCGCCCGGUACCUGGUAAAGGCGUGGCAGCAGGCGCGCGGCGGUCGGCAGCUGCCGCCGACGACGGCGUACCUGACGGUCGCGGCGGACUCGCGACGUCACCCGCCCUUCGACUCCACCGUCGAGGGGAUCGUGCACGCGCUGCAGAUGGUGGCUGCUGGUAAAAUCGCUCUGUGCGUCGCCCAAAUCGAAAAGCGGCAGGAAAGCGGUAUGUGCUAUGAGGACGCGUGGAACAUGACCUCCGUGCAGCUCGCUUCCGCCUCUGAGGCGCACUGCAGAGCAUUCGUUAUGUCGACAUUCUACAAGGAGACGUCAGAGAAGCUUCUCGAAGUGUCAGCACCGCUGAAACUAGUGCUGAUGCAGCUAGUGGAGAUAUACGCGCUGUAUUGGGCACUUGAGACUGUUGGUGAUCUGUUAAGGUUCACUUCAAUAUCUGAACGCGAGAUUAUGAAGAUGCAGUCCGCAUACGAAGACUUGCUGUCGAAAAUUCGUCCUAACGCGGUAGGACUUGUGGACUCUUUCGACAUUCGUGAUGAGAUACUGAACUCAGCUCUAGGCGCGUACGACGGUAACGCGUACGAGCGACUGAUGGCGGAGGCGAUGAAGAGUCCGCUCAACCAGGAACCCGUCAACCAGACAUUCCAUACACACCUCAAGCCGCUCAUGCAGGGAAAACUGUGAUUUAUAAG